UCCUUGGUUAAUUUUUGGCACAGGAUUUGAAAUUGGUCCUGUGCUGCGCCCUGUGGCCGAGAUGCGGCCCACCCGGCGCAGCGUGCGCCACCCUCCGGCCGUCCAGUACCGGGAGCCCGACUCAGCCGAGUCCUCGCCGCUGGCCUCCAGCUCCGGUGCGGGCUACUCGGGCCAGUCGUCCGCCGCCUCCAUCAGCUGGUCCGACGCCGAGACCACGUUCGACCGGCUGCUGCGCGGACAAGUUUUUCAGAAGGUGAAAAUCCGAGAUAACCCACUGAAUGAAAGCUCGUUCUCGAGCAGCGCUGACCAGGCGCCGAGCAUUCGUCUGUUCGAGUCACCGUCGGCGCCGCCGCCGGUGCCACCCGGUAAAACCGAGAGACGACGUGGUAAGGAGAACCGCCCGGCGAAGGCGUACGGCCGUGCCUCGAAGCGCUCCAGCACGGUGCCCGCCCGUGCUCGUCCGAGUGUAAUCUUCCCUGCACCGGACUCCGACUGGAGCGGUCCCUCCAAGGGCCGUGACAGCGUGGCAGGGGCACAGACUAGGCGCCGAGACGUGUCGGAAGGACUGCGCUCCGUGGAGAGAAAACGCGAUGAGUCGGGACUGGCGUCAGUGGAGCAGCGGGACGGCGAGGCAUCAGGUCUGUUUGGGGAGCCGAAAAUGGCUGUCACCCCCGCAGUGCCUAGCCGGCGUCUGUUGAGCGGCACCACCGUCGGACCUAGCGCCAGCACUCCGGUGGCGGGCCGUCUGUGGUCGGCCUCGCCGCUGGUCUCGCCGUUCCUGCCGGCCGGGGAUAGUGUGCGCACCGUCACUCCCGGCGCCAGUCCCGAGCUGGUCGUCGUCGCCGGCCGAGCUCAGCCCGACAGGAGCGCUCACGGAGACAGCGUCGUCGUCCCUGGUCCGCCUCCCUCCCCCGACCUGUUCUCUCUGCCUCCUGCUGUCACCUCUACGUCCCAGCCGCUGUCACCUCCCCGGCUGUCGCCUGAGGCCAGCCCAGCUGUGAGACAGUCACAUCAGGACAGCCUAGCGGUCGGACAGUCACACCAGGCCAGCCCAGCGGUCGGACAGUCACACCAGGCCAGCCCAGCGGUCGGACAGUCACAUCAGGACAGCCCAGCGGUCGGACAGUCAUACCAGGCCAGCCCAGCGGUGGGACAGUCACACCACGCCAGCCCAGCGGUGGAACAGUCACCCCAGGAGGGCAGCCCAGCGGUGGGACAGACAAUGCCGGAGACAAGCGUGUUGGCAACACGGACGCACCAGGAGACGAGGCUGUCGGUGGAAGGGGCCGACGACUCCAUAGCCGAUGGUCCUGUGGACAUGCUGCCGCGCUACAGGUCGGCUGUCUUCUCAUCGGACGAAGAAGACGAAGAGCAGGAGACUGCUGAGGCGCCUACAGGUUCGGUCGAGGCGCGGUCGGGACUCGUUUCUGGCGAUGGCGCGCCGCGCCUCUCGUCCGACGAGGUGCGGUCUGAUCUGUCUCGAUUCGCCGACUCGAAGGUGGACGCCGCACUGGGACAGGAUGUGUCGGCUGCCCCCAUGGACGCCACCGAUGGGUCACUGUGGUUUUCUGCGGACAGGUCCGGUACCGAUCCGCUCAGUUCGCGCCAGACGAACCCGGACGGUGCGUCGCCGCUAGUCGACUGUUUCGUCCGUGUCCAGAGACUGAGUUCCGAUGAGCUCCGAGAGCUGACGGGGGCGGGCGGCCACUCUGGAGCUGCGGAUGUCUCCGAGGAUCCCGCGGAGAGCGACGCGAUGAUGUCGCCCUCUUCCUCACAGAGCUCCAUGGGAAGGAUGGCCGAGUGUUUUGUGCGCCUGUGUCGGUUGGAAGAAGUGGGGGCGGCCCGAGACCCAUCGCCGGCGGCCGAAGACACCAGCGGAGGAGAGGAUAGCGGUCUGUGGAAGGAAGACGCUUCUGACGCGACAAAGGUCGAGUCGGCGGCGGAUGACGGUCAGAUGGAGGUGGACCAAGGUCCACUGGAGGCGGACCAAGGUCCACUGGAGGCGGACCAAGGUCCACUGGAGGCAGACCAUGACGGCCCGCUGGAGACGGACCACGGCCCUUCGGAGGCCGAUGUAUCGCCGCUGCACCUGCCGCCAUUGCUGUCACCUGAUCGAGACGAGAAGAGCCGGCCGCCGGCCGCCGCCGCUGCCACUCCGUCUCUGGGCGCGGUGCUGCUGGCGCUGCGAGCCGGCAAGGGCUGGCGCCGCUCCUUAUGUCAGGUGGACGCGGCGGCCGCGGACGGCGGGCUGCGCGACUGGACAGUGACGCCCCGCCCCGCCUCUGACCUGCCGGACCGUCGGCGGUCGCUGCAGCCGGGCCGCGGUGGACAGGAGGAGUCGACUGGUUACACGUCACGGCUGCGCCCGCUCCGCAGCCGCCGCACCACCCUGGCCACGUACGUGGAGGAAGAGGAGGAGGACCAAGAGGGAGACCGGGUACGGACGCUGAUGCCACCUCCGCCGCCGCCGCCUCCGCAGCCCCAGCAGCAGGAGUUUGUGACCCACACACUGAGGAGCGGCCGCCGAGUGUCGAUGGCGCUGCCCGCCCCGCCGCCACCGGCAGAGGUCGAGUGGCGCACGCCGCGGGACGCCCGGCGGUCCGUGGUGCUACCGUCCAGACGGGUCUCCGAGAUGGGCACCACCGGGCCCCAGGCGCGCCAGGCAGGCCGGCGCUCGAUGCAGCUCUCACACCGGGAGCUCUCCGAAGAGCAGUACUCGCGAGCGAUGGCCGCGUUCCAGGCGCUGCGCGAUUCGCUGCCGGCGCUGGCCACGCCGCGCGCCGCUGCAGACCGGGCCGGCGGCGGCGGGGACGCGCUGUUUGCCUCUCCCGUUCUGCCGGGCGCGGCCGAACGGCGCUCGGUGCGCGUCUCGAUGGCCCCGCUGUCCGAGUGUGUGCCCACGCCGCGCCGGCGCUCCGUGCUACCCGUCGGAUUCAGCCCGGCGCCCAAACACCGGCGCUCCUCCGUCUACGUGUCGACCGACGAGGCGGAGAGCACGCUGCAGAACGGGCCGGACGUGUCGCUCAACUACGACGACCCAGCUGCCAGGGUUCUGGAGCUGUGUGGCCUGGAGCGACCGGCUAGCUUCUUACAGUACUCUCGCAGGCACAAGGUGACCAAGAAGAUUGGCGAGGGUGUGUACGGAGAGGUGUUCCUCUGCGAGACCAAGACGUCCCGGUCGGUCAUCAAAAUCAUGCCGAUCGAGGGCGACUUUGAGGUCAACGACGCGGCCCAGAAGAGCUACGGAGAGGUGUUGUCAGAGCUUCUCAUCUCGAAGUCGCUGAGUGACCUGCACGCGGGCAAGGAGCACGCGGCAGAGGGUUACGUCCGCCUGCUCUCGAGUCACGUGGUGCGCGGCGCGUACCCGGCCUCCCUGAACAAACUCUGGGACAAGUUUGACCAAGACAAGGGAUCGGAGAACGAGCACCCUCGGGUCUUCCCCAGCGACCAGCUGUUCCUGGUACUCGAGUACUCACACGCGGGCACGGACCUGGAGAACUUCCAGUUCCGGGACGUGGACCAGGCGAUAGCCGCCUUCUAUCAGGUGGCCUUCAGUCUGGCCGUGGGUGAGGCGGCGCUCGAGUUCGAGCACCGUGACCUCCACUGGGGUAACGUGCUGCUCCGAGAGGAGGACACGGACCACCUCCCGGGCCUGCUGGGUGGCCGCCGGUACCGGCUGCCCACGGCCGGACUCCGAGCGACUAUCAUCGACUUUACUCUGUCGCGGCUGCGCGCCGACGGCGCCGUGGUCUACAACAACCUGGCAGAGGACCCGACGCUGUUUAAUGCGCACGGGGACCAUCAGUUCGAGGUCUACCGCCAGAUGAGGACAGCCACUGACGACCGGUGGCGGCAGCACUGCCCGGUCACCAACAUCCAGUGGCUGUACUACCUGGCCGACAAACUGUGCGCCGGCUGCGCCUACGAGGGCGCCGGCUCCCGGCGGCACCGGCAGCAGCUGCGCCGGCUGCACCAGCUGCGGCAGCUGGUCAACGACUUCGGCAGCGCCACGCAGCUGGUGGAGGCGCUGUGCGGGGAGUGGUGCGAGCGCUGAGCAGCCGCCGCGCCCGUCAGAGUGGGAGGGUGAGUGCCCGCUGACCGGACGGUCACUACAGGGAGGGCAGCGGCGCGGGUCGGACGGGCCUGGGUCCGACUGAGGGAGGGGUAGGCCCCGCACGGGGUGGACGGUGACCCGGUACCGUAUUGUGUGGGGACUGAUGUGUGUGAAGUGGGCUGCUGUGUUUAUGCUCUUGUUUUUUAUCGUUCGUGUCCUCUUGCUGUGGAUGCGAUUGCUCAGCGCCAUACGACCGUCCUCUUAAUCCUGCUCUGGAGAGGUUGUCUAUGGUAAUAUCUUGUUUUGUGGGGUCGGUUUGGUGCUGCAAAUAGGACGGCUAUAUGGCGUGGACUGGAAACAUACUGCUAUUCUGUGUUCAAAAGAGGAUAGAUGCGACGUAGUGGUACUGCUGAGUAUAUUUUUCAAUGUACAUACAGCAUACUGUAAGAUAAUGCGGUUCACACUGUCAAUUUUAUCGUAUUUUGGGCUUUUACGAGCGAAAGAAGUGCAGUUUUUGUAAUAUAUUAAUGCGUUGCUAACGUCUCUGUUUUGUUAACAUCUCAUAUUGUAAAUUAAAUGUCCAAGCUUCAAGCCAUUACGAGCAUAUCCAUCGCAAAAUCUGGAGAACCAUGCAGAUAUGCGAGCCUGUAAAGCUUCGUCCUUCUUAGCUGAGAUUGUUCUAAGACUAGUGGCCAUGGAGCUUACAAUGUUUUAUUAUGUAGUUAUGUUGGCUGGUUACCCGGUUUUGUGUCGUGUUACCGCAUUAUUGGUCUCGAAACUGU